UUCAGUGGAAUUUAUGUUUUACAGGACUGAUGCAGCUGAGCAGGUCUGCAGUAUACAAAAUGUUGCAGACUCAUGCAGAGAAAGAUCGCAUUGUAACAGCACUUCCUCCACCUUUUAUAAGACACGCUUCUCCCUACUCCCAAGAUGAAUUUGAUGAAGCUGUCCGAAAUGCAGCUAAUUCCAAUCGCACUCUCCAAGCAGGCCUCAAGAUAUCAAAAAUGAUAGUCCUUGGGGAUGUAGCUACAGGAAAAACUUGUCUAGUCAACAGAUUUUGCCACCAGAUCUUUGAUUCAAACUACAAGGCAACUAUUGGAGUUGAUUUUGAGGUUGAGAGAUUUGAUAUUCUUGGAGUACCUUAUAAUUUACAGAUUUGGGAUACUGCUGGACAAGAGAGAUUCAAGUGUAUAGCUGCUUCCUAUUACAGAGGGGCUAAUGCGGUGAUGGUCGUGUUCGAUGUCACUAACAUAGUGUCAUUAGCCCAUACAGCUCAGUGGUUGGAAGAAGCAAAGGAGGCAAAUCGUAAUACCAAUCCUCUUGUCUUUCUUGUUGGUACAAAGCGUGACCUAAUGAGUGAGGGGGCCUAUAAUCAAAUCGAAGCACAAGCCAGGAGAGUAGCACAUGGGCUUGGGGCAGAGUACUGGGCUGUAUCAUCAAAGACAGGAGACAAUGUUGACGCACUCUUUUUACGCGUAGCCUCCCUCACUUUCAAUCAAGCUGUCCUUGAGGAGGUUGAGGGAGCUGAUGAGAAUAAGCCCUCUGAUACAGUCAAAAUUGGUGAAAAACUGGACAGUUCUGAUGUUAGCAAGAAACCCAAAUGUUCACCGGGCCAUUGCAACAAAGGUUGAUGUUGGCACUAGUCAAAGAGCCUGAUGCUUUCAGUGCUUAAAAUUCUUGUUUUUUGAUUGCCCUUAUAAAUUGCGCAACUCCUAUCUUAUACUCAGGGUCAGGGUGAGUAAUAAUUUUCUUGAAUCUGUGGCAUUUUAAUGAAUUGUGGUUUUUAAAUAGGAUUAUUGCUUCCCAUGCUGGUGCUUAUUACAUGUACACAAUGAAGAAAGCACAACGUAUGCUUUGUUGAGAAGCAAGUUCUUCCUUAACAUAUCUUGACUUUGUCAUGUGACCUGGUUAAGUUUCCUGUCACAUGACCAACAGCACAUCUGAGCAGUACAGUAUUUUGAGUUAUUUAAACUGGAGUUUAAGAAAUGCAGGGAAGUGCCUGCUUGCUUGCUGCCUGUAAGUAAAAUAUCAGCAGGUCUACUUUAGAUAAAUUUGCGCACAAUACCAUCUGUCAUAAUGCUUAACUGAAUAGCUGUUAAAAUGGGUGCUUAUAGUAUAAUCUUAUAGGAGUUAUAUUUUUCCUUAUUCCAAAGAUAUAUUGUCAGAUAAAAGUACUAGAAAAGCUUCAUAGUGUUAUUUUUUCAUAAGUAUGAGCACAAAACGCUAGGUAUCAUCAGAGACCAUGGUCUUAUGAAAGUAUUUUGGUGCUAUUUGUUUGCCAAGAUGCUGCCAGGUAUGAUUAUCUUGUAUUUUUAUAAUUUAAUUUUUUAGGGAUGUAAAAUAUAUCUUAUUUUGAUAAGUAUUUGUAUAAAAGUUCAGUUUUUCCAUAGGAAAAGGAUUAGCUUCAAAGGUGUUUGUUUAUAAGCAUUUGUAAGAGUUCAGUUUUUCCACAGGAAAAUAAGUAGUAGCUUCAGAGGUAAUUAAAAUACAUAAUACUGUACUCUUUAUAGGGUAUUUCUUUUAUAGAAAUUUUGUUAAAGCUGAGGAAGUAUACUGGAUGGGCAAUGAAAGUUUUAAGCUAAAAAGAGCUGCGUGGGAUUAUUGGAUAUUGUGUAACUGUAUUAUAGGCUGCGUAAUUUAGGUAUCCUGUGGUAUUGAGAGGGAGUGGUUGUUAAUGGACUUGAAGUCUGUGAUGACAUAGAAAGUUGAGUUACUGUCCUUCUGAUUUAGAUAUACAUAUAUUUUUGUGUAUGGGUUGUUAUUGUGGGUAACAUGAUUACUGUCCAGACUUAAAAUAAAAUGGACAACAUGAAGAAAACCUCAGAUCUAGUCAUAAUUGGUAGGUUCACAACCCAAGGUGGGGGACUUUUAGAGAUGCAAGGUAAACAGAAUGACAUGAUUUUACAGCUUAAGAGCUUGAGAAGAAGUUGCAGCCACUGGUCUUUGGUAAAGAAAUUUUUUUUUAGGUAUUUACAGAAUGUUCUUGACUUAAAUCUUAUUCACCUUGCAUCUAUCAUCUCUUUCAAAGAAGUGUAAGAAAAUUUUUUAAAGAAUACUUGGACAGGGCAGUAAGAAAGCCAAUAGUACAUUAAUAAAAAGCCUCAGGCUUAUAAAAAAAAAAAGUUGCUUAAAAGGUAGAUUUUAAGUUACUGAUGCUACUUAAAAGGCCAGUACAUAUACUGUUUUUUAUUUGUAUCCAUUUUGUGUGAUGGCUGUCAGAAAUAAUGCCUGUCAUAUGCUCUGUUGUGGGAGCACUUUUGAAACAGUAUGUUGAGGUUGAGAAAAGUUAUCUCUUAGCCUACUUAAUUACUUAAUAUUUUACUAAGUUAUACAGUAUUUGAAUAACAAGGCUUAGAAACUUGAAAACUUUUAAGGCAACUUGGGUGCUUAUCUGGUUAUUAUUUAUAAAGCUAGGUAAAGAUUAUUUCAUCCCUUUGCAAACUAAUUUGAUGACAUGGAAGAACUUCUUGUGUUUAUCAUAUAUAUAGGUAUUACAAAGCAUUAAAGGGACAACACAACCUGAAAGCUCAGUAUUUGAUACUGUACAUGUUUGUGUUUUACUUAUAUAAUGGAAUAUUUUGAUUGUUUAGUUAAUUUGUACAGAGGGGAAAAUAUGGAUUAACCAUAGUGAUGCUCAACCACUUAUAUUUUUUAUCUUGUAAGUUGAAUGUUCAUAUUGUAUAGUCUGUUUAGAUUAAAACAGGAGUAUAAUGUACACAGGAGAUGUAUGAAGUUGUUUACUGAUAGAAAUGUCACCAAAAAGCAUCUAGUCACUUAUUUAGUUUCAUUUAUUGAAGACCCCUAUAUCAGUUGCUGACUUCCAUUUGACUCAAAAUUGCCAUUCUAGCAAAUUGUGCUGGUAAACCAAAUUUCUUUUUCGUUUAUGGAUCCACUUCGAAAUGGGUUUUGGGUUCAUACAUUUAUUUAGUGCUCCAAUUUUUAGAUCUUUCAGGUUCUCAACAGCUAUAGGACCAAAUUAAAAUCAGGACAGGUACGACAAUUGUAAAUUUCUAAAAAUAUGAAGUCAAAUAUUGGUGUUAGCUUGAAAUGAAAAUUUAUCCUUGUAGUAGCAUCUCCAGGGUAUAUUGCAUUUUGUUGCAAGUACAUCAUAUACUAUUGGUAACUAUUUUGAGGUAAACCAUCCUUGAAUAACACCACUUUGCAUUUCACUCGUUGAUGUGUGAUGUGUGGAGAAUGUUUUAAGUGUUAUUUUCUUUGUGCUGAACAGAGCCUUAUGGAAACUUGCCCAGUAUGUUCAGUAGGUGGCCUUAGGAAAGUACCCUUUGAGGAAAUCUACUCAGAGGUGGCUUCUGUUGCCAUGGAAAUUUUCUUGGCUCAAAGCCAAUUUCUUAUCAAAGUUUAGAAUUUUGGGAAUCUACAUAAUGAUUACAUAUAUCUGCUUGACUCAAGUUUGUUCUUUCUUGACGUAAUACUCCUCACUUGGGAAUUCCAUAUGUUGAAGUACUUAAGAGCCAAUUAGUACAGUAUUUGAGUAGCUUUCUGCUGAACAAUUAUGUUCAGUAUGUUAAAGUUUGUAAGUGACUACAGGUUAUGUGUCAGUGUGACAUCAAUUUAUAUAUUACAGUGUGUAUAUAUCUUCAAGUUUUCUCUUUUUAAACUGCUAGAGUGAAAAGCUGUUACUUAGGCUUAUAGAUAUUCCUUGAAUGAAAGAUUCAGUACACUGAAGGAAACAGCUUACAAAAACUAAGUGGUGAUGUGUCUUGCAGUUAGCCCAGUAUUGUUAAGAUGGCAAAAAAUUUGCUUUUUAAAUGCCUUAGGAUAAUGGAAUUGAUAAAGAAUUAAAGUUGUUUAAACCACUGUUUUAGUAUUUUAGGGGUGGUGUGGGGGCUGGUUGUAAAAUACUGUAUCACUAAAAUUGGGUUUUGAUUUUACAUUUAUUCUUUCAAACAUCAGAUUUUUAGCAAAAGGAGAAUAAUCUAUUUUGAAAAAAAAUAAUGGAAGUAGCAACAAGAUAGGAGUACACUUCAAACACUGUAUGUAUGGGAAUAUGUAACCAAUGAUAUGGCUGGUAUUACAUCAGUACCAUUGUCUUGUUUGGCAACUAUAAUCAUGUGAGAUCAAAAUAAACAAGAGGGAACGUGCAAUGCUGUAGAAGAUUUGUCUUUAUAUUUAUGUAUGUAAUAGGUUGUGCAGUUUGGUACUUUAUGUUGCUCAAUACUUAAUCACAUUUGUACUCAAAGAUUGUUUUACAGUAGGUUGUGGUUUUGAUAUAAGUUGUAAUAUUGUUGUAGAAGACUUUGGCUUGAUGGAUAGCCUUCUGUUUACAGGGAGUAUUAACUUUACAAGGAAUAUAGAUUUUAAAUAGUUGGCUGUCUGUCAUGUGUGCUAUUUACAAGAUGAAUAGCAGUAGUGUAGGUAAAAUUGUUUACUUUGUGACUAAGAUGCUGUUUCUCCUGCAAACCCAAGUAGAUUUUGUAGUGAAUUAUUUCUUUUAUGUGUCUAUUUUGAGAGGAAUUCAUUGUAAUCUUUUUAAGUUCCUUUUUUCAUAAUUUAUUUUGAAUUUGAAAUGAAGUUAUUCUGUGUUUUAUUUGUCAAAUAGUUUAAUUAAAGUGUAUACCUCACAAUGGCCUUGCAGAGGAUAAUUGUCAAAUGGCAUGAAGAAAAAAAAUGCAUGCAUUGUAGCAUUGUAAAGGCUGAAACUUUAAAAUCAAUGCUACCAUAGUGAUCUGUGAAGCACUUAACAUUCCAAGUAAAAUUACCAUGGCCUCAGUGUUAUGUAAAAAUAGUUAUAUUUUGGUUUGAUGAGGACAUUAGUAUUUGUAGCAUUUUGUACCUUGAGUUAGUUGGAUAUUGCAAUUUAUAAUGACUUGUUUCCCAGUAGGAUAAAUUUUUAUAUAACUUUAUCAACAAUGAACAAGUCAGACCAUUUCAUUGUUUAGUUAAUGUUUAGUUGGUUCAUAAACAGCCAGGUCUACUAAAGUGAUAGGAAAAAGAAUGUAGGACUCAAAUUCUUAUGAUAGAAUUAUCUAAAUCUGACUGCACUAUGGUAGUAUUCUAAACUAGUAGUAUAUCAUGAUACAGCAUUGAUUUUUCACAUGGUAUGAUUGAUUGGUAUUUUGUUGUGUUCAAUGCUUUGGUUAACUGCAUGCUCUCCAGUAUAUCCGCCUUUACAUACCUUAAUUUUUUGGCAUUAUCUCAUUUUAUAUUUUUAUGUUCACUAUUUAUUUCCAUUAGUUUAGGUUAUUAGAUAUUUUUAUACUAGUCAUGAAGAUUGCACAUUGACUUUGCUGAAGGAUAGUUUUCUUUAUGCUACAAACAUUACCAAGAGUAAUUUUUUACAUUUUUCUUGGAACCUUCAUUUAGAGGUGCUAAAUGUUGGUGUUAAAGUACAUUAUCAAAAUCCAUGCUGGUAAACUCUCGGUCAAUAAUUUUGUUUCAACUGGGGAAUUCCACUUGCCUUAAUGCCUGAAGGCUAUGGUAACUAGUAACUCCUGUAUCUUAUGAUUUAUUCUUAAAUUUUUUUUUUUUCAAAGACAAAAACUGGGUCUGUUAUAAGCCUUGUCUUUCUUAUGAUAUAAUGAUUUUGUCCACGAGGACUUUGCCCGUUGAAUACAUUUCUUUCUGUUUAAAUAAAUUUAUGCAGCACUCUACUUCAAUGGAUAGUUAUCAUUCUUGUUCUUUUGAGAAUCAUAUAAGUUUUAUAGUGAAAGACAGAAGAUGGCAUGGCAGCUGGAAACUAUAUCUUAGUGGAGAGAGAGUGCACUUUUAAUCUUACUUUUUUAAAAAGAGGAUAAGCUCGCAUGCGUACGGUGAUUUAGGGAGUGUUGAGUAAUGCAGAAUGACCAACAUUUUGUAAAUUAACCUUUUGAAGGACUUUUCCUACUAGACCAAUGAUGAGUUUGUAACCUCCACACAGUUUGUCAAAUUGUUAACCAUCCUUAAAAUUAAGAAGUGUUUUGACAGUUGCCAGGGGCAUGUACUAUCUUGUCCAUUUCAAUUUAAGAAACAAAUAUGUACAGAUGGUGUCAUGCCUACUUAUAUUAAUAUGGGUAGAGAGAGGAAAGCCACCGUGUUUAUCUUUUCUAUAAUCAUAAAUUAUUUUACCAGCGAAAAUAGUUAAAGACUCAAUAAUUUUUUACACUAAUGCAUGCUAGGAAAUUUUUGUAUUUUUGGAUUCGGAGUAAGAAAAAUAGAAAUUUUAUCGUAAUUGAGUGCUUUAUAUACAAGAUAAAAUCAAAAUGUUAUUAACAAAGCUUAUGAUUAAGACUGAAUAUUUUUCAAAAUUGUCUUAAACUAAGGUAUUAAGUGUAAAGUUUCUUUGAAAUUUAUAUUUUGUAGUGGUAUAUCAUGGGUAGCCCAAUUAGAAGGUACAUAUAAAGGGAGCUUAUUAGACAGAACAUUGGAAGGCAUUGAAUUUUGAGUGGAUGGGGUUUAAAUAUUUUUAAGUGGUACUAUGUCUAAUGGUUAUAAAGCUAACUUUAUAAGAAUGAAGCUCUGGCUGUUAUCAUUCAUAAUAGUAACUUGAUUCAGUCUUUGCAGUUCCCACUACAGUACCAUCUGCAUUUUUCUUGCUAUCACAUUUCAACUAAUGCAGCAUUAUGAUAAAUACCAAGGAAUUUCAGAUAGUUAUAAAUUUAAAAUGAUUGGGACCCCCUCAAUGAAAUAUGAUGCAUUUUUUCAUUAUUACAACUCUCUCUAUUUGGUAAGGUGGUAGAGAAGUCUGUAUGCAGCUUACUCAUGAGGUCUUGCAGGUAAUGUUGAUUAGAAUUUGAUAUAGUUCCUAUAGGCACCCCUUAUACAGUUCCUAUAGUUGUUCCUUAUCCAGGUUUUUCUCUCCAUCACUUUGCUUCUUGGAUUUUUCGGUUUCUUUUUAAUAGCCUGAAGUGCCUUCCUCUUCUCUCAUGGGUUAUUUUGUCCCAUUUCAAUUAAACGUUACUUCAAAUACCAUUCAUAGCACCACAAUAUUGCCUCCCCUCAUGAAUCAUUUGUUGGAAAAUGCUCUUUAUAACCCUCAUCUUCAACAGUUAGCCUGCUCUCUGAUAAAAAAAACAAAUAAUGUAAGUUGUCUAGCUACAGUUUUCUUUCAGUAUUUUGGAUAUACGUAGUACACUUUGAAAUUGUAUAACCCGUGGUUAGAAGUUCACUAUCACCCAAGUUGCACUUAUGCUGUUCCUCCAAGAGUUAUGAGGAGUAAGCAAGACAGCUUUAAAUUUUUGCAUAUCAUGUACGUUUAAGCACCAACUUCGUAACUUCAGCAGUUUUGUAGCCAUGCCUUUUAGUGCAUAAAAGGUUUCUCCAAAAAGUUAUUGAGUUAGAAUCCUGUGAUAAUGACUUAGCAACAAAGAAAAUUAUCUUGUGUUAUUGUGCAGACCUCCUUGAUUGUCUUCUGCAGGCCUAUCCUGCUCUGUGAUUAAGGUUUUUUCUAUCAUAGACCUCUUUCAGUGAUCCUGCUUGAGCCUAGUAGUUACUUGAAUUGUGAGAAUACUUUUUACUUAUGUUAUUUUCUAUAUUCUAAGCAGUAAUUAAAUGUCCCAAAGGUUGUUUUAUGUCUUAAUACAGUAAUUAUAUGUCCUAGGUUCUUUUGUCUUACAAAGUUCUUUGAAUCCUACAUCAUUGAAGUACAGCAUAAGUAUUUGGGAAUAGAGGACAGACUGCUCUUACUUGAAGGUUUAGUUCUUAAACUUGCUAAAGCUAUACUGCAUGGUAAUUUUGUCAUAAUUUUCAGUGUUUUUGCACUGUUUUCACAUAAGGAUAAGAGAAAUUUGAAAUACAAAACUUUCACUACAGUGUUUUUGAAAUAGGGAUGUUAUGGAAAUAAAUAUACUAUUUGACUUUUUCCUAAUCACAGUUUGUGGUAUCAAUUUUCAUAUGAAGUUGCAUAGUUACUAAUCCUUGCGAUGAAUUGAAUUAUAUUUAUAAGGUUAAAAUGAGAUAGUAUGACCUUAUCCAAAAUUCAGAUUAGUGAGCUUUGAUUUUAUUAAAACUGGAAGUACUUAUCCUUUGAAUAUAUUAGGUGCUGCUGUUCACUGAAGAGGAGGAUUCUGGUUUUGAGGUUUUCAAAAGCACGAAUUCUUAAGAUCUUGAGGGAAAGAAAACUGUGUUGUUACUCCACAUAUGUGUUGUUUGGCAUGCAUUUCAUAUUAAUUUCAAAACAAAUGUAUGCUACGUGAUCAAGUUAUUUUUAUAGAAAUAUUCAGUAUGUGUAGUAGUUUUCUUCAUAGUGCUUUAUUUUCACAUUGGUUUGUUUUGUUUUUUAGUAUAUAAUUCAUUGGUAGCCUUGUUUUAUGCCAUUUUAUGUCUGUGGUGUGGUGAUUCAUGGCAAGUCAUAGUUAUUUUAGAAUCUGUAUUUGCUAUCAAAUGUAGAGGAGCAAGGAAUACAUUAUACUAUUUCCUUUUAGGGUGCUUUAAUUUUGUAUCAUGCUCAAGUUUGAUUUGUGCUAGAAUUCAGUCUGUGCUUCUUGUAUGGUUCAGUAGCCUAGGUUAUUUUAUGUAAGAUUUUCCCCUUAUGGGAUUCGACUUAAAAUUAAUUCUUUCCACUGCCUUCUGUCUUUUGUACUUUUUGCCUGCAUUCCCAACUGGUGUCAGUGCUUCCUUGUCUACUACUUUUUUAAGCUCUAUGUAUAUCUAGAAAGUAUUGCAGUCAUCAUUACACUUGCCACAGGGCUUGAAUUUAACUUAAUAUAGACUAUUCUAACAAAUUUAAUAAUGUAGAUUUUUAUGAAGUGUGCCUAUAGGUAGCAAAGCCUUCCAUAGCCAAUGAUAAAACAUCCUAUUGUUCUUCUCUUAUGAAGCUUUUAUGAUAAUAUAGGUAAGUCUGGUGCAAGCUCUUAAUAUGAAUGUAAUUAGAAUGUAUUCUAGAUAUCUUGUACUGUAUUCUGACAAUCUUACAGAAGUCUUUAAAUAACUGUCUUCAAAUGGAAUCAAGAAUGAAGUAUGUUUUCCUAUUCAUCCUAAGGUUGAAUACAAAAGUUUAUUUUGCAAAAUAUGCAGUAGAUAGUAUGAUAUACAUAUUACUAUGUACAGUACCUAAAUAACCUGAGUUUUGCAUAUUUGCCCAUGUGCUGGUUAAGUAUCUAAUUUUUAGGGACAUUGCACAGCUAUAUGUGACAUAGACUGUCAUUUCUAAGUGAUUUACUUUAUAGUGUGAACCACAGAAGGCAUUUAAGAGUGGAGUUUACUUUUUUGAAGCUCAAUACUAUUAUCCUCUAUACUUAGGGCUUAUUAGCAUUUAUCAUCACAUUGGCCUUGAAAUAGAAUCACUUAUGUCCAAAGUUAUAGGGGAAAAAUGGUAGUGAGAGAUUGGUCACCAAUAAUUAUGUACAUUGUCCGGAGAGUUUCUCAUUGUCUGCAAUGGAUCUACGAUAAAUAGGAGUCAGAAACUGUAAAGCAGGUGCCGAGGAUUUCUAUACGUACAUAUUUUACAUUGUUGAAUCUUUAAUUAUGAGUUCAAAAUUUCUGUUUUACUAAUAAUUCUUGAGAUCAUUGUGGCUUACUAUUUUGUCUUUGAAUCACAACUUGUAUUAUUAGAAAAAUAAUACCGGAUUGAUUCAGUUAGCUUUAUAAGAAUAUUUAUGCUACUAGUAUAUUCUAUUUAAAUGCUGCAUUUGCCUCCUCCUACCUGUUUCUAUACCGUCCAUUAUCUAUGGCUUUAUAUUUUUCUAUUUUUCAUCUUUGAUCUAAUAACAAAUGCCUCCUACUGCCUCUUUCUAUACCGUCCAUGGUCAGCCUCUUGAUAUUAUUUUUCUACUUCAGCUUGGAUCAGAUAACCCUUAUAGAUGUAUCAUUGUAAUUAGCAGAGAUUAUACUAGCUUGAUAUGA